GUUACCAGCCUCGGCUUUUACGAAACUAGGGAUGGAUUCCAUUCCUCACAUUUUCUUUUGCUUCAUUGGAUAAUAUACGUGGAGACAUUUGAAGAUAUCAAGGGAAGGGCAGGACGGACAAUUUUCAUGCCUGGGGAGGAAGAGAUGUCUGCAUAUUUUGCAUUUGUUUAACUCGCAGUUAUCCUCUGAGCUGAAUGGCGAGUCUUGAGUACCCCGGCCAUUGCCAUGCCCUGAUCCGGCAAGAGAUCAGCGAGAACUGCAGGGUUGCCUGCUCUAUGUGUGGUCAAGAUAUUCGCGGCACGGCCUACUGUUGUCAAGAGCACUGUGACUUCUUUCUGGAUGAGUCAUGUGCUUCAGUGGAAUUCCCUCCGCAGAUAAAGCACCCUUCUCAUCCCCAACACUCACUCUCACUCACCCUCACACCCGGCAAACCUUGGUAUGAUUACAAUUGUGGAGAUUGUAGCUUCAGCCUGGAAGCAAAAUUUGCAAUUGCAACUUUGUCCGCUCCUCAAGAUGAGCAGCAAGAGGAGGAAGCGAAUGUCAUUGAGCAUAUUUUUGAUGAGCACCCCCUCACCUCUUUCCACGUGAAUAUACCAAACUGGUUCAUGUGCAGAGGGUGCUGGUUAAGGAUUUCCGGCCGAGUUUAUGGUUGUUGCCGCUGCAGGGUCUUGCUUCAUGAGUCGUGUGCUCUGGCACCAAGAACAAUUUUGCGACACCCCUUUCACCCCCAGCACCCUCUCACCCUUGUCUUCGAUUGCGGUAAGGGCUUCCAUUGCCAAGCUUGUGAUACUGAAAGGCACAAUUACCUUGCAUACUACUGCCAUGAAUGCCGGAUCCAUCUUGAUAUGCCAUGUGCUAGUGCUAUCACGUUUCCAUCUCAUCCAUCCCCUGAGAGGGAGCAUGAAGCGGAGGGGUCCACCAUGAUCCAACACUUUUCCCACCGGCACCCACUGAAAUUUAUGCAAUUGAGCACAGUGGGCACAGACAUCCGCUGCCAAGUCUGUGAGCUCAACAUAUCCGGUGAACUUUAUUGUUGCCCUGAAUGUAUUUUCUUCGUCCACAAAUUAUGUGCUGAUGAAUUACCUCAAGAGAUAGCACAUUAUCUUCAUCCCGAACACCCUCUUACCUAUCAAGGAGAGUGCCAGUACAAAUCAGGAGGAUUCCGUUGCAAUUGCUGUUUACGGGAGUACAUCGGUAAGGCGAGUUUCCACUGUGAAAGGUGUCAUUUUGACCUUGACCCCAAAUGUGCUAUGCAAACUCAUUCUGCUUUUCAAGGAGGUAUUGCUACCAAAAUCCAAGCUUUUAGUUAUCUUCCAACCAUGACACUCUAUUACUUCAAGCCCAACAAGAAUCUAGUCUAUCGUUGUGUGGCUUGUAUGCAACCGCUAACGACUGAAUGCGUAACCUAUCACAACCGCGAAUGCAUUCCUGACAUCAUGAUGCUUCAUAUAUCGUGUGCUCAGCUACCCUUGGAGCUAGAGCACCAAUUUCACCCGCAGCAUCAGCUGAAAUUUGUCCCAAGGUCAACGUCAGCUCACCACUUUUAUUGCAGUGCUUGUCAUGUAAAAUCAGAGGGCUCCGCUUUCUACUGUGCUGAAUGUGAAUUUCUCCUUGAUUUAGCAUGUGCAUCCUUGAAGCCGACGCUUAAACAUCACCACCAUGAACACAGUUUAGCCUAUUUUCAGAGAAGUCCGUAUAAGUACCCGCGGUGCAAUACUUGUAGGAGGAGCAGUAGGAUUGAUGUCUAUUGCUGCCUGCCCUGCAACUUUAAUCUUCAUCAUAAGUGCCUUCCACUUCCACCUGUCAUUGAACAUGAAUGUCACCCAUAUCAUCCAUUAGUCCUAUUUGAUAAGUUUGUUCAGGGAGACCCCAACGACCAGUACUGCGAUUUCUGUGAGGAAAUCAGGAAUCCUGACCAUGGAGUUUACCGUUGUGAUGAAUGCUGGUACACAACUCAUAUUGACUGCGUAAUCUCUAGGUCUGAGGGAGAAGGAAAUACAUCAGAACAAAUUGACGACCCUCGACUCACCAAAUUAAAUGAAGAAAUUGCAGGCCUUGAGGAGAUAAUCAAGGUGGUAGAGACAAAUCUGGAGGCAUUAACAGAAAAUAUGGAGGCACUUAAUGUAAGGAGAGAGAGAAUUCUGAAACGUGAGCACAAGAAGAGCUUAUAGUUCAUAGUCUCGCAGUUGAAACCAUCCCAUUGAUUCGAUAUAUUUUCAUUGUAAUCAGACAUGUAUGAGUUUGUGUUCGUCAAAUCACAGUUCAUUCCUCUAGUGUGUGCCAACCAGGUGUAAUAUUUUACUUUUAGUUCAAUUCAUUAGCACAAAUACUGGCCCUGCUAUUACUUCUUGUUCACAGAGGAUUUAUCUCACCCCGUU